GUUCUUUUUUCUUCUUCUUCCUCCUCCUCCUCCUCCUCUUCUUCUUCUUCUAUCACUACCUACGGAGUACUACUGCUACUGCUGCUUAUCCUUUGGUCCACUCUCCAUACCAUGACGUCCUGAAUCACUUUCUCCGCUUCCACAUUUCUCCUGGGCCGUCCUGUUUGAUGGUGUCCGGGCCUUGGAUCUUUUGUCAAUGCUUCGGCUAUGUCCUCCACCGCGCAGCCCACUACCAUCUCACCCGCUGACCGUGGUGUAAAUAAGCGCAAGUCAGGCUCUGCAGCUUGCAUUCACUGCCAUCGCCGCAAAGUACGAUGCGACGCUCGCAUUGUUGGCCUGCCAUGUUCCAACUGUCGCUCCGCGGGCAAGGCGGAUUGCCAGAUUCAUGAAAAGAAGAAGCGUUUGCCAGUGCGCUCUAUCCUUGACCCCGUCCCUAUCCGUUGCCGACCUCCUUCCGAAAAUACCUCCAAAUCUCUAUCUCCCACCACUCCGUCCGUUGACCCGCCCAAUGCGUUCACGACCACCUUCCGUAGUGGCCAACCCGAGGUUGAGUCUCCACCCUUCGUUGUGAAUAGCGGUCCGCACAACCACAGCCCUAACUCUAGCUAUGAUCAUAACAACAGCAACAACGCCAUUGAUAAUUCUAAUAACGAUACUCAACGCCAUGGACCCUCGUCGAUCUCGAGUUCCCCGGUGUAUAACAACCGUCCAUCCGUCUCGGAUCCGUCGGAGCGGGAAUCUCGCGCGGAAAUCGAGAAACGUCUAGUGAAACUAAUUGAUGAGGAGGCAUCGGGUGCCCGGGAAAUCCAAAGAGGUGUGCGAGCGAUUUAUGUCGGCCACGAGCUCUCGAAUAUGUCCUUCCUGAUCCGACAACAAAGGGAAAUGGAUGAUGAUGUCUACCACUAUGCCGGCAGUGAGAUCCCACGACGACAAUUACGCACAGGCCACGACCAGCUUCUGAUGGAUGCUUUCACAUUGCCCGAACCUGCUCUUGCCGAUGAAUUGGUAGAAGCUUAUUUUACCCAUGUUAACCCGGGGUACCCUAUUGUCGAAGAAGACCUUUUCAUGGCCCAGUAUCGCCAUCGAGAUCCCUCAGACCCUCCCCCGAUUCUCCUGCUACAAAGUAUCCUCCUUGUUGGGGCUCAUGUCACUCGUCUUAAAACUGAACGAGAUGCCCUGAAGGAGAUCUUCUUUCGUCGUGCAAAGUGGUUGUUUGACAGCAGAAUCGAGCGAAAUCGCGACAUCAUGGUCCAGGCUGCCCUUUUGCUUACCUGGCACUCCGAUGUCGCGGACGACGAUGUAGCAGCCAACGCGCACUAUUGGGUGGGGGUUGCCACAAGAAUUGCGACAGGGCUGGGUAUGCACCGUAACCCUGUGGGCAGUCGCUUUGUGCCACGCGAUCGUCGCAUGUGGAGGAGGCUAUGGUAUAUUCUAGUUCAGUUUGAUGUCAUGGUGUCGCUUUCAUAUGGUCGACCACAAGCUAUCAAUUUGGAGGAUUCUGAUGUAUCGCCGUUGACCUUUUCUGAUUUUGAAGGCUGUGGCCCCCGCGUCCAAGCCGACUUCGUGAUCCAUUUCUCUGAGCUCUGCACCAUGAUCUCGUACAUUGUUCGUGAGCGGUUCGGCCUCCGGGUCAGCGCCGAGCGUCGCAAGGCUGUACUGAUAGAGGCUGACGAAGUCCUGGCAAACUGGUCACUCAAGCUUCCGGACAGACUGCGUCUUCGAGCGUCGGAUAUGGACCCAUGGUCUGCAAUGCUUCACCUCACAUAUAACAACUUCCUAAUCCUCCUCCAUCGACCCCAUCCAAGAGCUUCCGCAUAUUCCGACGACUAUGGGCCACACGAUGCAGAAAUCUGCAGCGCAGCUGCCGGUGUCAUUGCCUCUAUAUUUGAAGAACUCCGCCUGAACGAUAGGCUGAAAUUCCUCUGGUACUGUGGUGUUCAUACCCUAUUCACAGCAAUGAUCCAAGUUCGGGUAGAGCUCCGGUUUUCUAACCCUGUCCUCGCAAUCAACGCGCUUCGCCGUUUCGACUCUGCCUCGUACUCACUCCGCGAGCUGGCUCAGUACUGGUCUCACGCUAAUACUAUCCUUCGGCUGUUCGAGGAUUCCAGGCGCCUUCAAGAAGACCUUCGAGCCGCAACCAGUGAAAGACCCCGUCGGUUCAGCAAUAACAACAACAAUAACCCUAACAAUAGCAACACCCAAUCCCAACAUAACAACGCCACCCCACAUCCCAACACUGCUAUACAGAACAAUGUAACUCAAACCAACCUCAGUCCCAAUGCCAACCAACCAUUCGACGCCUGGAUCCCAUCCAGCAACCUCGCAAACAUAGACACAAUGGAUAACCCCAGGGAGUCGCUUGACUGGCGCCAACUAUUCUCCUUCACCGACUUAGAGGAGCCGGUUCUCCCUACAUCUAUGGAAGGUAUCCCCGAACUGGAAGAUGAGUGGCGUCAGAUUUAUUGGCAGGAAACCCCCAUGUCUGAUCUCCUCCAAGAUGGCGGGUGGAUGCACGGAUAGACUAUAGAUAUGUAACUUGAGUUAGAUUUCUCUUUUCUUCCUAG